AUCCCUCCAUUCGUCCUGCUCGUUCCGUUCCGACAUCUAAUGGCAACGAAGAUGGUUACGCCACCACUAGCACCAGACCCCUUCAGAUCAGCCGACCCUCUCGCCCGAAUACGCCCAGUUCCAUAGCUGGAUCCCCAGGCGCGCCCUCGCGACCGCAAAGAUCUGAGAUGCGCGCCAGAGUCCCGCCCGACUACGCUGCAUCUGAGGCCGGUACCUCGUCUUCUCGUGCUAACGGAUAUCCAAGGGACUCAGAUGCCAUGAGUGUUCGCUCGGAUGCUUCGCGAAGUCGCAGGCCGCGCAAUGGCAGCAGCCAAGGUACGACUACGCCUCAGUCAUCAAUUCCAACAAGGUCUAGGGCGGGUACCAAUGGCACAGACGAGUCAGAGCUAUCCCCAACGUCGUUGUCCGCGGUUAUGUCUGCGUUCCGGAGCGCAGGGGAGCGGAAACGAACACAGGAUAGCGUCGACAUCGAAUAUGAGAGGGAACGAGAACGAGAACGGGAACGAGAACGAGAGCUGCAGAGAUUGAAUCAACAAAGGAUCAAAGAAAGGGUACCAGGACGGAAGACCACUCGCAAGGCUCGGGCGGGCGAUAUCGAUGCUAUACUCGAUGAGAUCAGGGACGAGUGGGAGUUUGUCAUUGACCCCGACUUCAAUCCUGUGGAUCUCGCAUUACAGUUACUGGACGAACGGUCAACUGGGAAAGACAUCAAGUCCUUCCGUCAAACAGGUCGAAUGCUUUCUCAAGCCCUGAAAGGAUCGGUGGACGAGCAUUACCGCGCAUUCGAUGCUGCAUUGCCCCAUCACGCAUCAUUGCUAUCUCAUCUGGGUACGGCACAGGAUCAAUUAAAGGAGGCUCGAAACGCUCUUGCAGAAGCUAAAGACAUGUUGGGGGGAAAGCGGGCUGAUCUGAUGCAACUUUGGUCUAGAGGCCAAACCGUGGAAGAGAUGAUCCGUAUUUUGGACCAAAUUGAAUUUCUCAAGACAGUUCCAGACAUAUUGGAAAGCCUUAUGUCCGAGAAACGUCUUCUACAUGCGGCAGUACUCCUCGUACGUAGUCUCAAGAUGAUCAAUAGGUCGGACAUGCUAGAUAUUGGCGCCGUGGCCGAUCUACGAAGCUACUUGAACGGGCAGGAGACCGCUCUUAGAGAGAUCCUGGUCGAGGAGCUGCACGCUCAUCUUUAUUUGAAAUCAUUUUGGUGCGACUCUCGAUGGGCCGUAUAUGCUGCUGGCCAACAGACAUUCCGACGUGUGGAGUAUGAAGACGAACCGCUCAUGGAUGAGGUGAAACUGGAUCUCACCUUACCAACCUCCCCGACUUCUCACCGUUCACGACUUUCUCGUUACAUGGACAACCUCACAUUACGGCCAAAUGAGUCUCCUUACGACCUCAGCGAACCGAACUUCUCCCGUUCGUCGCAGGGGCCCUCCGGCAAUCCUUCUUCGCAAGUGCAAUCAAUAUCCCCAGAAAUGGAUUCACGAAACCCGGAAACAGACUCAUUCGCGUACAUCGAGAUGCUCUUGGAAUCUCUAGCUGUGUUAGGGAGGCUUGGAAGCGGCUUGGAUGUCGUUGCCCAACGUGUCCCUACAGAGAUAUACAACUUGGUUGAGAGCACUGUCGACGAGGUUGCCGAACGUGCAGAAUACGGGCGACGAAGCUCGGUUUACGGCACCACCGUUCCUGCCUCAGGUCGGUUGGAUGGUAUUUACGUGUUCACUUCCGGCCUUACUGUCAUACCCGGUGGGAUGGAUUCGGUGGCGGGCUUAGGUGGCGGCGCAAUGGUUGAUCCAACGAAGACAGGCCUCCUAAGCGCGCAGUCUUUGAGACUGUCUGCCUUGGAGUCGACCGCGAAGCAAUUGGACCACGAAACAUUACGUGACUUCUUUUGGACGCUGUAUUCCAAGUUGGACGCUGUGAUGCAAGGCCUACGGGUGAUCUACGAAGUGGCCAACCGCAUUGGCUCUAGGAGGGAUUUCAGGGACUCAUCGGGUGCGAAGCCUGGUUCUCUGUUUCCAUUGGCAGAGAUUUGGACUCCUGUCCAAGCGGAGCUGCGGACCUUACUGUACGAUUAUCUGAUGGACGAAGAGCAAGGCGCAAUCCCAGGCAGGAAUCUCAUGGUGUCAGUUAACGAAGUUCUGCGGGAAGGCAAAUACUCUAGGGACAAAUCCAAGCCUAUUUUCCGAUUCGCUGACACCGAUCUCAAGCUCACAAAUAAAGCGUUGAAAGAUCACGAGAAUGAGCUCGCUCAGGUUUUGCGUGACAGUGUGCCAGGUUUAGUUCAUGGUACCUCUGAGGGAUUAGUACAAGCUACUCUCGCCGUCGUUGGGAUGGAUGACCGGAUGCUUGGGACCAACCAGCAUCACCGCCUUCUUGUGCGGCCCGAUGCCUUUCAUGUCAGCGUUUUAUUCCAGCCUACUUUGGCCUUUCUGGAUCGCGUCGCAGAAAUCCUACCCGCCGGCCUAGAAUCUGCUCGAGCAUCCAGUACAAUUCUGGAUGAAUUCGUCCUCAGGGUAUAUCUUCCACAACUGGAAGACAAGGUAUCCAUCCUAUUCCAUCAAGCAUUGUCGGGCCCUGAGGCGUUCCAACCGGAUCCUGCGUCUCUAAGAUUCUCAGCGCAACCGUUGGCGAAGGCUGCCACCCAACUCAUGGCGCUGAUUAAUUCCCUAUGUGCCAUGCUUCGAACUACACCAUUCCAUCGAGACAAUUACUCCCGCCUUAUUCUUUCGGUCAUCAUACAAUUCUAUCAGCGCUGCAGUGACCGCUAUCAGUCACUCGCGUCCGGCAAGGCGAACUCGAGCCCUGAGGCAAUACCUCGAAUAUCUAUCCCCGCAAGGUGGGCUCAGAGGAACGAAAUCAGUACCUGUCUCUCUGAGUUGCUGAAGACCGCGGACGAGAACAAGCGACGUCAAUUGUGUCGACAAGAAACUCAUCUCGAACUUUCUAUCAUCAGCGGUAGCUCUCUGGCAUCCGAUGACCUGGUGGCAUCCAUUCAAAACUUGGCGGAAUUGAGUAGCCUUUAUCAUAGUGUCGCGUGGUUUUCCACCGAACUCAACAACCUGAAAGCCGUGCCUGAAGAAGCCAUGUCGCCAACGACGCCGUUGAGAUUAGAUCCAUUGUCCGCCGCCACGCCUUUCACUCCUCAACUUCCAAUAAUGCCACCCGUAAUGCCGAAUGAGCAGUUACAGCUGCCCUUGUCUCGAGACAUGGCUCUCCGAUAUCGUGCCCUUUUGCAGACAUUCGACCUGCUUUCUGAGCUCAUUCUUUUCACAAUCAGGAUAGACGUUAGGUGUCGAACGGUGUUACAUCUGAAUUUGGCGACGCAGGAAGGGGAUUACGCACCCGAACGCGACAAUCCCGAACCGGAACCUCACGUUGUUGACCUUGCUGCUGAGAUAGCAGAUUGUGAUGAGGCUGUUUCAAACACUCUUUCCGUGCGCGAACACGAGUUUGUGUUCGAGGGGUUAGGACACUUGAUGGAACAUCUCCUGAUUGCGCAGGGAAGGCGCAUACGACGUGUCAACUCAUUCGGUGUUAGCAAGCUUAACCGCAACAUGGUCACCCUCCAGCAGAGCAUCAAGACCGUGAUCAACGAUUCGUCGGCAUCAGAGUUUGAUCGGGCCAAGCGCUACUGGCAAAUGUUCGACAUGACGCCGACAGCUAUGUUGGACAGCAUUCGUCAGAAACAGCUCUUCAGUUUCGAGGAGUACGAAACCAUGCUGAAUCUACAAUGUGGCGUAGAUCCAACGCAAGGCGAAGCCGGCAGGGCGCAAGCUACAGAUAGGAACUAUGGCAUGUACGUGAUUGAUUUGCACGGAAUGGAGCUGGAGAAGGAUAGCGAGUAUUGAUGGAGAGCCGGCUUGUAUUUAUGGUGUUUCGCGAACCUUGAACAAGUGUGGAAUGGAUCUGCUUUCAUGCGACACCCGCAUACUCUCGCUGCAGGGGAAAGAUAGACACCGACUGACUCUGUACUGUCACUUCGCCGCAUUGGUGCUAGCCCGCUGUAGCCAGGCCAAAUCUGCUGGAUCUACGUCCGGUAGCCGAUUGGCGCUUGAGUACAAGGAAGCGGCAAGCGCACUUGGAGAAAGGGAUACUGAGUAAACAGUGUUCCUUGGUCGUGCAUCCGGUAAUGCCGAGUAUGAGUACGUCAAGUCAGGUGUCCUCCCAAGUAGCCUUUUGUAAGCUCUCCUGAGUGUCCGUUUCGCCUGAACAGGGUGCGGAGAGGGUGAAGGAUUGGCGAGUUCCUGUACUCCUAGCGCGAUGCGUUCUCGUCUUGUCAUGGGCUUCGACACAUAGGACGGGCCAGCUAUGGCUUCUGCCUGGUCUCGGACGCCAGACCCUUGUAAUCCUAUUGGGCGAAUACCAGCACGAGACACAUCAUGUGUUGAACUACUGGCGGGUCCAUCGUCGUCUAUUCUUCGCACCCGUACUUCAAGCGGGGGAAGUAUCUUCUUCCAUUGCUGCGUGAAGAAACGCCAAUGUAUGUUGACUUGUCGCCGUUUGCUCAACGGUCCAAGCAAUCGAGCAUCUUCGGAUGUCGGAUCGGCUCGAGGAGGCAUUGUCGGAGGUGUGAUCAGGCUCUUCGAGUUAAGGGGCUUCGUGGUGCGCGAAUACGUGGAAUGAAGUAGAGCCUUCAACUCCGGCGAGUAAACGGGGGGACGGGAUUUCUCAACCGCGGGUAUAAUUCGGGGUGGCAAGGGAGCAUCCGAGUCCGCAAGUAGUGGCUUCAUGAUUUCCCAUCUCAACCGACCUGUUCUGCCGUAAGCUUCGUCCAGUGCGCGGUCGAACGCACGCCUAUCGCCUGCACAAGCGGCUUGCAGCGUCCGGAGGUCC